UGGUGGAGGGAUACGUAACCGGCAAUGUAUAAAUAACACAGCCCUUUGUUUGAGAUAACAGACUCGUUUCCUGAAGACUCAAGAGCAGCGCCGUUGAUAAUUUGUUUUGUCAAGAUGCAGAUCUUUGUAAAGACCUUAACUGGUAAGACCAUCACACUGGAGGUGGAACCCAGUGACACCAUCGAGAACGUUAAGGCCAAGAUCCAGGACAAGGAGGGCAUCCCCCCAGACCAGCAGCGUCUGAUCUUUGCCGGCAAGCAGCUGGAAGAUGGCCGCACCCUGUCCGACUACAACAUCCAGAAGGAGUCCACCCUCCAUCUUGUGCUCCGUCUGAGGGGAGGUAUGCAGAUCUUCGUUAAAACCCUGACUGGUAAGACCAUCACCCUCGAGGUUGAGCCCAGUGACACCAUCGAGAACGUCAAGGCCAAGAUCCAGGACAAGGAGGGCAUCCCCCCAGACCAGCAGCGUCUGAUCUUUGCCGGCAAGCAGCUGGAAGAUGGCCGCACCCUGUCCGACUACAACAUCCAGAAGGAGUCCACCCUCCAUCUUGUGCUCCGUCUGAGGGGAGGUAUGCAGAUCUUCGUUAAAACCCUGACUGGUAAGACCAUCACCCUCGAGGUUGAGCCCAGUGACACCAUCGAGAACGUCAAGGCCAAGAUCCAGGACAAGGAGGGCAUCCCCCCAGACCAGCAGCGUCUGAUCUUUGCCGGCAAGCAGCUGGAAGAUGGCCGCACCCUGUCCGACUACAACAUCCAGAAGGAGUCCACCCUCCAUCUUGUGCUCCGUCUGAGGGGAGGUAUGCAGAUCUUCGUUAAAACCCUGACUGGUAAGACCAUCACCCUCGAGGUUGAGCCCAGUGACACCAUCGAGAACGUCAAGGCCAAGAUCCAGGACAAGGAGGGCAUCCCCCCAGACCAGCAGCGUCUGAUCUUUGCCGGCAAGCAGCUGGAAGAUGGCCGCACCCUGUCCGACUACAACAUCCAGAAGGAGUCCACCCUUCACCUGGUCCUGCGUCUUCGUGGAGGCAACUAGUUCUAUUCUUAACAAUGUCACAUCUUAACCCCAAUUUCCCUCAUCCCAAAUUCCCUCCUAACCUCCAACCCCACCUUUUGAACUCACUCCAAUCCCACCCCUGACUUCCCCUCCACCCUAAUCCCCAGCUCUUUAAAAAAAAAAAAUCAAUAAAUUUCAAGCAUUCCUGA